UGUCUACAUUAAUGAAAAGAGCAAUGUAGUCAGCUUAACAUAUUCACCUCUGGUACGUGAUCUAUACAGGGAUGAGUUUCUGCAUGUGUGAUCACCAGUCGAAGUAGGAGACAUUGUUUCGAAGAUUUCAACGUUAUUGUCAGGUUUUAGCCUUUGAUUUAGACAGAAUGGAUAUAGAUGAUAUUCUACCCCCUCUCCCCUUGGAGCCACCUGAUGAUUUUGGUCUAGACCAGGGCAGAGCACCUCCACCACCUCCCCUGCAAACGUCCUGUGACGCAGAGGUAAUGGACGUUGGCUCUGGUGGUGAUGGAUACACAUCCACCCCAGGAGAGGGGGAAGCCACGUCACAGCAGCCCAUCAGCAGCAGCUUAUUAAGUUUCUGUAGCCACUUUUCAGACGAGGCGACCUCCAACCCACCCUGCCCCAGAACAGCCCGCCACGCUCCCCAGGUCACCAAGUUUUUACCAGACCUCAAGCUACUGAGAGAUGUAAAGAUCAGUGUGAGCUUCACCGAAGCCAGCACCAGCAGCAGCAGUAGUAGUAGCAACAGCAAAGACAGGAAGGUUUUGUACACAGGUGAGGGGCAGGAGGCAGGAAGCCAGGAUGGCUUAGCCUUAGGCAGUCUCGAUUACAAUUUGCAUGAUCCGUCAAGUAUGCUAGAAGAAGCUGAAGGAAGCUACGGAGCUGGAAACCCAGCAGUCAGAAAAUCUGAGGCAGAGGUAGACCUAGAAAACAAGGUCGAGUUUGCUGUCUUGGAUGAGUUAGAUGACUUUUACGAGAACCUCUUGGAUCAGGAUGAUGAUGAGCACGGCGGCUUUAAGUCUGACACCAUAGUUCAGCAGGAACAAGUGGACGACGAGGCUGCUGCGUUUUCCUACGAGGAGGGGUUUGAUAAUGAUGUUGAUGCUCUGCUGGAGGAGGGCUUGCCUGUCCCAAAGAAGAUGCGUCUCACAGAGGACAGAUAUGUUGGAGACAGUGAUCAUCAGUCAGAUGGUGAAGGAGGCGUUCAGCCCAUGAUGACCAAAAUUAAGACUGUGCUGAAGAGUCGCGGCCGUCCACCCACUGAGCCUUUACCUGACGGAUGGAUCAUGACAUUCCAUAACUCAGGCGUUCCAGUCUACCUGCACAGAGAGACCAGGGUGGUCACCUGGUCCAGACCCUACUUCCUUGGAACUGGCAGUAUUAGGAAACAUGAUCCUCCUGUUAGCAGCAUCCCUUGCCUACACUACAAAAAAAUGAAGGAUCGGGAGGAAAGGGAGUUGAAUGGGGAGGUAACCUCUAAUGCAGAGGCGUCUCCUGUGAAACCUGGGGAGGAGGUGGCUGAAGAAAAAGGAGCCAAGUCAGAGGAGCAGGAAGUUCUUCUCUCUGGCCUCACUGACCAAGAUGAAGAGCCCACAGCUGACAGCCUGCCCAAUAAAGAGUCGCAGCCCUGCGACACUGCUCAAGGAGCCUUAGGACAAGUCAAGGCCAAGGUGGAGGUGUGCAAGGACGAGUCCAUAGAACUUGAAGAUUUUCGUCUGUAUCUUGAAAAAUGUUUCGACUUCGAACAAGUCACUGUCAAGAAGUUUCGCACUUGGGCUGAGCGAAGACAAUUCAACAGAGACAUGAAAAGGAAGCAGGCAGAGUCUGAGAGACCUAUUCUGCCCGCCAAUCAAAAACUCAUCACAUUAUCAGUCCAAGAUGCUCCAACGAAGAAGGAAUUUGUGAUCAACCCCAAUGGAAAGUCUGAAGUUUGCAUCCUGCAUGAAUAUAUGCAACGUGUCCUGAAGGUCCGACCUGUUUACAACUUCUUUGAUUGUGAAAACUCCAGUGAACCCUUCGGAGCGUCCGUCAUUAUAGAUGGAGUCACUUACGGCACAGGAACUGCGAGCAGUAAAAAACUUGCCAAGAACAAAGCCGCUCGAGCCACACUGGAAAUCCUCAUCCCUGACUUUGUGAAGCAGACGUCAGAGGAGAAACCUGUUGAAGGGGAUGAGCUAGAGUAUUUUAAUCAUAUCAGUAUAGAGGACUCCAGAGUGUACGAGCUGACCAACAAAGCAGGACUUCUGUCUCCAUAUCAGAUUCUUCAUGAGUGCCUUAAAAGAAACCAUGGGAUGGGGGACACCAGCAUCAAAUUUGAGGUGAUUCCAGGAAAAAACCAGAAGAGUGAAUACGUUAUGACUUGUGGGAAACAUACAGUUCGAGGGUGGUGUAAGAACAAGAGGGUUGGCAAACAACUAGCGUCUCAGAAGAUCUUACAGAUGCUUCACCCCCAUGUGAAGAACUGGGGCUCACUGCUACGAAUGUACGGCAGAGAGAGCAACAAGAUGGUCAAGAAGGAGAGCUCUGACAAGAGUGUGAUCGAGCUCCAGCAGUUUGCCAAAAAGAACAAGCCAAACCUCCACAUCUUGAACAAGCUGCAAGAAGAAAUGAAGAAGCUGGCAACUCAAAGGGAGGAAACGAGGAAGAAACCCAAGAUGACCAUAAUGGAGUCGGCCCAGCCGGGCAGCGAGCCCCUCUGCACUGUUGAUGUUUGAGUCUCCAAAUCACUGAUGAACCACAGCACUGAAAGCCAGUCACUGUCGAAACAUCCCACCAUCCAUGCCCAGAUUAUGCAUCACUGAGAUCACAAUGCAAUGCAGUCCCACACUGAGCAGGCUGGUAGAGCUGCCUCCUCCACCUCCAGGCGGGUGUCGAGCAGGUUGGCUAAAUGCACUUACAGACCCUAGACUAAUUACUGCCUACCUCUUAAGAUUCAUCCCUGCUAUGAACUAAAAAAAUGACCAGGACUUUAAAAAAUCUGAAAAAAGAAAUGCACGUAUUUUUAAACUAUGGAAACCACUGCACUCAUUGUUCUGUCAGUGUUGUUUUCUACACUCAGUCUUUAGGUACAUUAUUUUUAGUGCUGGAAGUAUUUGAAAGGGACUACUAAUACUCAUAUUUAUACUACCGGUAGUCAUUUAAUUGGGAAGCAAAGUUUCUUGACUGGUUAUUUUAAUGGUAAUUCUGGAUUUUUGGAGGUAACGAGUGUCUUGGUUUGCAUGACAAGAACUUGAGUUGUGAAGUUUGGAUCCGUUAUGCACCCGUGUCUGGUCUGUUUUUGUCAAGUAGUCGUGCUGUUGGUCUAAAUGCUUUUGAGACAUUUGUUUGGACAUUUUGUACUGGGGAGGAUCUGCCUGCCUUUUUAUAGUAUUUGUUGUUUUUCUCCACCCUGACGCUGCAGUAAACCCAGUUCAGGGCCAGAGUACUGUAACGGGUUUAAACAUUUCUUUAUUGAUUUUAGUUCUCUGAUGCUUUUAAUUGUCUACACACGCCAUGCUCGACAGCUUUUCAUUUAGGAUGGCCUCCUGAAAACAAGAUGGCCACAUGUUGCCUUAGUUGUCCAUUUCAUGAAGGGCUCUGACACAAAAUACAUUGGACCUAAAACACCUGCAGGAAGUGGGAAGACCAAGCCCCAUUUAUUUUGUGUAUAUAUAUAUAUAGCAUUUAUUGGAUAAGUAAUAUUUAAAUGAAAAGCUUGCUAAAUGUCCU